AUGGUCGGUUUUUUCACCACGAUUACGCAUUUGGAUCGGCUUGAAACUCUGGAUCUGGUGGCAUAUAGGCCUAAACUAAAAAAAAAUAGGAACGUUAUUUUAGUUGGGUGGGAGAAAGCUGUUUCUGACAUUUUUGCGUAUCACGAGUCUGUAGUGCAUACUGAAUACGUGGCUUCACGCAUCAAAUUACUUUUCAAACAACUUAUUCAGUAUUGGGAUAUUGCUUACAACGUAAAACCAAAAGAUUGGGCUCCGGUGCACUUAGUGGGGUUUAGUUUGGGUGCUCAUGUUGCUGGUCAAAUAGGUAGAUUAUUGAAAAGAAAAGAAAAAUUUACAAUUCAACGAAUCACAGCUCUGGAUCCAGCUGAACCAUGUUUUGAGGAUCAGGACAUGGAUUUAAGACUAACUAAAACUGAUGCUGCUUUUGUCGAUGUUAUACAUACCGAUGGGGCAAUGAAAAAAAAUCAUGGACUUGGAUUAAUAGAACCGAUAGGACAUGUUGAUUUUUACGUUAAUGGGGGUUUCAAUCAACCAAACUGUGCAGCAAACCUAAAACCAAAAUUCAAAUCUUAUAUAAACUAUAUGCAAAUAUUGACUCACGCUGCUAAAAACGGUCUUUGUCAACACAAUAGAGCUUUGGAAAUAUUCACCGAAACAAUUCACCAAGCGACGCAAAAAAAGUGCAAAUUCUAUGCUGUUCCAUGGCGACUGUAUAGCACACCCCAAGAAACUAAAGCAGCUCAGAAGAUCGAGUGCAAUAGUUUGAUUUGUCCUGAGAUGGGAAUAAAUGCCGAUUUAUUCCUGCAUUACAAGUCGGCAUUUGAUAGAAAAAUUUUUUUCUUCCAGCAUGUAAAUAAUUUCAUGGAAUACCUCAUCUCCAUUAAUUUAUUAAAUAUGACGACUUUUUAA